ACUAAAUAUAACCAGAUAGGAGUUAAAUUGUUACAGCGCUCUCACUCAUGGGUGCAACAAAGAUAGCCUAUUACAAGGCACGCCUCAAAAUAUGUUGUUGAGCCAAAAACAACAACCACCAUGCACCCACUAGUGGUCAAAAGGUUUUUGGCGCUCCAAAAAUAUGGUAAGGUACUGUAAACUGUGGGGUGGAAUUACAGCACCAUUCAAAAUACAGCAAUCUUCCCUUACCGACAACAUUUUCCCACAAUGCACCAUAAUGUUCAGUAUGCUGCAGUAAAACGUUUGAGAAUUUUACUGUUGAAAAUACAACAACAAAAAUUACAGUAAAAUUUACAGUUUUCCAUUACAGUGUAGAACUUCCUCAAAGUUAAUUUCUCUUUAUCUAAGUUAUGAUCUUAUAUUCAACAUACCCCAGAAGACUCUGGUUCCCUCAAACUAUCUCAUGGUGAUAAAUAAUUCCAAAUGCUAUUUGUGUCUAUGCAGUUGUAAGGUCUGAAGAUGUUCACUUACGUAACGGCAUUAAUUAGUCCACCUGAUGAUAGCAAUAAAGACACUGUUACCCACAUUUAGCAAAUUCAUGAUUUGUUAUCAAUGCACUGGCUGAAUAAGGUAUUAAUUUAAAAUAUCAAAAGUUGAAGAACACAAACUGUUAUUGGGAUCAUUAGACAGACGGAAUUUACGCAAUCUACAGUCUCCAUAUUAAUGCUAUAUUAAUCACUUUUUUUUAAAAUUCAUGCACCAAUAAUAACUAGAAAUGUUAUCAUUUAAUUGGCCUCUUCGGUCGCAAAUUAACUCCAUGUGUCGUUACGGUAUACAUCAUCCUGAGGGUUGACAGCUGUGCCGGGUUAAACUGAUAAUUUGCUCAGCAAACACAAUAUGGAGAAACAUAUUGUUCACUGUUCACAGUAGAGUUGGUGUAACUCGGUUAUGGCGCAACUCAGGUUGAGCGCUUUCCUCGGGGGGGGGGGCUCAGCAUGAACCACAGUGAGCCUUAACAACAUUCUGAUGACCUAUACAUUUACCAAAAACAGCCUCUAUUUUCUUUCCUCCAGCACCAUUCUCAUACAUGACGAUCAUGUGAGUACACUAAUGAUUGUUGCCCAUGGAGUGGUGUGUAACACGUGCACCAUCUUUCACUGCCAUCCCCAUUACCAUGAGCUGAGGUUCCCCAUGUAAGAUUGUAUUCUAACCCAGCCAUGGCCAGACAUACAGACAACCGGACACAGAGCCACGGACAUGACUGUCAGAGUGUGCUGCCCAAUUAGAGCUGUAGCAUGGCUGACUUACCACCCAGCUAGUGGAGGAGAUGAAUGCAGUGGCUCAGAGUUCAUUAGCCUGAUGAGGGUUCUGUAAUGGAACAUUGGUUUGACAGUGGAUUACAGACAGGAGAGUAGUUAUGAGAAGGCAUGCAGAGAAAAGAAAUGUAGUUAAAGCUAUAUUAUACGUUGAUGAUGUGUAGGCUAAUAUACAGUGAGAUGUGCUGGGUAUAUAGUAAGGAUAUAUCAUAUUAGCCAUCAAUGAAUGGGAUUGGGAGCAUGCUAUGCUGUAUAAUAUUGAUCCCGUGGGCUUGGCAUAUAGUACACUGUAGCAGACUUUACAACCCACCGUUGUGUACUUAAUCUCAGAAAUAUUGGAUUGAUAGAAAAUCCUCAUGACUGAUGUGCUUAUUAGUAUUUACGUAUUUUUAUGGAACACGUCAGUAGGUGGUAGACUUUCUAGCUCAGUAAUCGUCAUUAUAAUGAUUCAUCCAAAGAUAAUUGAGGAACAUCAUUCCCUUUCUAUUUAAGCCUGAAAAUAAUUGAGGUGGAAUGUAGCCAGUUCCAAUUUGAAGAAAAGAGACAUAUUAUGUCACGGCCAUGAGUUUAUCUGUUUCCUAAUCUUGAUCACUGAUCACGAAACUGCCAAGAACUCCUUCAAUGUUUUUUUUCUAAAUCACAAAUGUGUGUGUGUGUGUGUGUGUGUGUGCGUCCAUGUGUGUUGCUCUUGGCUGCUGUAAUAUUUCUGUAGCUGACAACUAUGAAACAGAUAACAGAUGGCUGCAGCAGAGGACAUGGAGCCAAGCGGACUUCACACUUUACAUGAGCACUUAGUGCAGCACAGUCUAUACUCUCCAACUAUAUGUUACAAUCAACCUACCAAUUAAACACUCCUGGCCCACAAUGGCUCGGGGCAAGAACAAAGAGACUCUAUCCAAUGUCUUUUCGAGUGGAUAAUGGAUCGAUGAGAAUAACUAUCUUUUUAUACAUUUUCAUGAGCUCGUGGCAUCAUCCCAUCAUUUUAAUAAUGUCUUUGUCAAUUCCUCAUUAACACUCAUGUACUCUUAAUUGUAUUUUUAGGAUCAUGUGGGAACUGAUCAAUAUAUUUCUACCUUCACUUUAUUAAGGUUACAUCCAUAUCAAGCCCACAGGCAUGUGAAGAUUGACAACAAUUCAUUAGAGACAAAGAGAGAGACGGACUGAAAAAAUACAAAACUUAUCCUUCAUUCAUCUAUCCGUAGGUGCAGGAGGGGGAUGCUGGGAAGACCUUGGACUAUCUGAACCUCGACCCAAAUGUUGACAACACCUCACAGCCCCUUACCUAUGAAAUAGGAAGGAGGGGGGAAGAAGGAAACCUUGGAGCUGUAAUGAAAGUCAAACAUGUAUCCACCAAGCGUAAGGCCUCCAGCUAUAGCUCUCUUGGCCCAUAUGGCUGGUCACAGAACCUCUCCCUCCCCUUGGAUCAGUCACAGUUUCGCUCCAAAUCCAAGCCGCCCAUAAAAACACCUGUCAAGGUCAAGAAGACCUUUGGCUGGGGCAACUUCUACCUCAACAUCAAAACCAUCAAGUUCAGCCUGCUGGUGACGGGUAAGAUAGUGGACCACAUCAACGGCACCUUCAGUGUGUACUUCCGCCACAACUCAUCCCGCCUGGGGAAUAUCUCGGUGAGCAUCGUUCCUCCCUCCAAAGCCGUGGAAUGGGAGGAUGUGGGACGCCCGAAACUCCAGUUCCAGAGUCAGCCGCAGUCCACUCCCAAUGAGCACCAGCAGGAGAUGAAGGCCCUCAACUGCGUGGUGGAGUACCAGAGGACCAACAGAGCCAAGAAAACAAAGCCAUGCCUCUACGAUCCCUCCCAGACCUGCUACUCAGAACACACCCAGUCUCACGCAGCUUGGAUCUGUGCCAAGCCCUUCAAGGUCAUCUGUGUAUUCAUCUUUUUUCUCAGCACCGACUACAAACUGGCACAGAAGGUCUGUCCAGACUACAACUUCCAGGCUGAUCUUCAGCACUUUGGAAGACGAGGAUAGUGGAUGAACUAGGCGGGUUAUUAAAGCAUGUUUUUCUUCAUCUCCUAUAUCACUGGAGAAAGGGAUUUGUUUUGAACAGGUCAUGAUGAACCUCUUGGGGGGCCCAACACAGACAUUCAGAUGGAGAGAUUUGCUUGGUAGAAUGGAAGUCAUCAGCACCUGGAUACUAUUUUGAUAAUACACCACUGAAGGGUAGAAGAUUUACAGAAGAUCAAGUAGUGGUUGUUAUUGGGAACAAGUGUGAUAUUUAGUCAUUUUGCAAACUGUAUUUGGGGUCAAAUAUUGACUUGGUUGGAGUGAUGCUCCAUGUGCAUGUCAAACCAGCUGGUAUUAGCACAACAAUAAUUCCUGCUUUUUUACUACUGUAAUUAUGUUUGUGUGAAUUGUCUGCUUUUUUUGUCACACAUUGCCCAUCUGUGAUGGCCCUUACAUGAACCUUUUCACUAUUCAUUUGGGGACAUAUUGCAACCAAGGCAACACAUCUACACAAAGAAAAUGCCACCCUAACCAAUUGCUUAAUGUCUGUGAGUUGAGUGGACUUCAAAAGGAAAAUAAUUUGAGCUAACAUUGAAGUUUGUUUUAGCUGAAUUUCAACAAGCUUGUUGAGUAAAUUACAAAUGUAUGUUUGCUCAAAACCACUUAAAAUCACACUCAUCGUUAUCACAUUUCCCAGAGUGCUCUAUUGCAGGGUGAUUUUCAGAAUUGUUUGCUUCAAUACCUGUGUUGUUUGUACAUUGACUGGUUGAUUAAUCGUAUACUAUACAAACAUAAAUACCAUACUUUUUUCCAAUA